AUUACAUUACCUAUUUCUAGACAAUAGUAAUAAUGAGCCUAACUACUUUUUCCCAUUAGAUCUUGAUAGCAUAACUUCUUCACAACAAGAAGUUGAUUAUGACAUAGGAGAGAGUUCAGAAGGAAUAAAGUUUUUUAUCCCGAAGAUCGAUGACGCGCUUAAGCCAAAUAUGAAAGCACAAUAUGCGACUAUAAAUGAAGUCAAAAGAAUGUACARGGCUUAUGCGGACAACGMYGGCUUUGAUGUUCGCAUGCAUGUAAAAAAAAGAACAAGCAUGGCGAAAUUCAAACUAGGUGGUUUGUCUGCAGCAGGGAGGGAAACCCAAAAAAGAAGGAUUUUGAUUCGUUGUACAUGCAGCUGGGAUAGGGCUUGUUACGAGAUAUAUGAGUUCGUUGAGGCACAUAACCAUGCAUUGUUCACUAAAAACGAUCGUCGUUUCUCUCGGAAGAAUAGACAGAUGAAGUAUACAGAUUUCAAAAUUGUACAAAAUAGCUCGAGCUACAAAGUCAGCGCGAGGAGGGCUCAUCGUAUUCAGACCGCAUUGAACGGUGGAUUUGAGCAUACUCGCAUCUCUGAAAUUGACUUCAAGAAUUUCAAGAGGGAUGCUGAGUUGAGCGCAAUUUUCUGGGCGGAUGAAGUUGCUAGAAUUAACUACAAAGAAUUCGGUGAUGUCAUAUCGUUCGAUGGUACCUUUCGCACUAACAAGCAUGCAAUGAUUUUUGUUCCUUUCUUGGCUGUUGACAACCAUAAGGCGUCUGUUGUUGUUGGAUCCGCUCUUAUGAGUGGAGAGACGAUUGAUAACUUUACAUGGGUUCUAAAGGCCUUUCUAAAGUGUCAUGUGAAGCAACCAGUGUUCGUAAUUACAGACCAAUGUUCUGCAAUGAAGCAGGCUAUUCCGAAGGUGUUCACGGAAUCCAAGCAUCGACUAUGUAUGUGGCACAUUAUGAAGAAAGCCUCUUCAAAGGUUAGUGUCGCCCUAAAUCAUGAUCCUACGUUCAAUAAAGUCAUCAACAAGCUCAUAUGGAACAUUCAUAUUGGCCCAUCGGAGUUCGAGAGCCAUUGGAAUGAGAUGAUAGAUAAAUACAAUCUAGCUGGGGAUACUUGGUUUACAGAGAUGUAUGAAAUCCGACACUCGUGGAUUCCUGCCUAUCACAAGGACACGCCGAUGUCUGGGCUAAUGAAAACAACCUCAAGAUCCGAGAGUUCGAUUUCGUAUAUCAACAUAUACGAAUCGUACUGGUUUGAUUUGGUGCAAUUCCUUAAUAAUUACGGCGUAGCUAUAGAGAAACAAAGAUACAGACAAUCUGUUCAUGAAAUAGUGACGAGAACGACUAAUCCCAAGUUUGCUACUCCAUUGCGUUUAGAAAGUCAUGCAUCAAGCAUAUACAGUGGAAACAUGUUUUUUGACAUCCAAAAGGAAAUAAAGAAGGCUGUUUGGUUUUGUGCUAUUGAGACCAUCGAAUGCCGGGAUGAUUUUAAGUCGUUCGUGAUAAGCCACAAGGCCAAGAAAUCAGCUGACAACAUCACGUAUCUGGUGGGCCGUAAUUACUCAACAAACACAGUCGAAUGCGAUUGUAACCUAUUUACACAUAAUGGGUAUCUCUGUCGUCACGCGUUCAAGGUACUAAUAAAUGACGAAGUUGAAUGCAUUCCSGAAAAAUACGUAUUACGUCGAUGGAAACGAGAGUUAGUUCCAGUACAGAUACAGUCCACAWGAGUUCGUUAUGGGGAGGUCAACGCCGAGAUAGAAAAGUCUAUAAUUGAUGUAUAUUCCAAGAUCGACGACAUAAUAAGCAUCGCCCGCAAUGAUAAAUCUAUAUUAGAUAGAUUGGGGCGUAACCUCGACAAAUUCAUGGUUGAUAUAGAGAAGGAAGUUCCAUACGAAGACCCAUCCCAACAAAAGAUGGAUGCGAUAAGAGAUCAUCUAGGUGUUUCCAUACCUGAUGAGGUGGACAUUCUACCACCAUCUGGAAUAAGGUACAAAGGUUGUGGAACUGGAAAGAGGCUGCUUGAACUUGAUCUCAGUGUUUUGCUUGAAUCCGUAGUUGAUGCUAUUUGUUAG